AUGGCGUCGUACCUAGCUCAGUACAGUCCAGCAAAGUUCCAGAAGUACAUCUUUCGACUCCCGCUGUUCACGCGCAUUACCCUACUCCUCAUCGUAAUAUUUUGGAUUCUGGAACUACAAUCUGCUUGGGAUGUUGCAUCAUGGGGUGCUCUCAUACCACAAGAGAUGAAUCUUGGAACGAUGUAUCGCCUGAACACGUAUCCUCUUAUACACAUUGGCUUCCUACAUUUCCUCCUUAAUACCCUUUCGAUUGUUCCUUUACUUGAAAGAUUCGAAGCGGAACAUGGUACACUCCUUACUGCAGCAUUCUUUGGUGGUCCCAUCAAAGCGUUUCGCGCAAACCCACAUUUCGCGUGA